AUGUCUUCACGUAGAGCUGUUUACACAUCCAAAGCCCCAAAGCCCUUGGGUGGACUUCUCAGCCAAGCUAUUGUAGCCAACGGCUUUGUCUUCACCUCGGGCGUUAUAGCCUCAGACCCCGAAACGGGCCAUAUGAUCGGAGAAGGCGAUAUCCAGGCACAGUUUCACCAGUGCGUUAAGACCCUAGGAGCAAUUCUAGACCAGGCUGGAUCAAGCCUCGGUGAUGUGGUGGACGUGACUCUCAUGGUGGCCGACUCUUCGCAAUUCGCUAGCAUGAACGAGGCUUACAAGGGAUAUUGGGGUGACAUCAAGCCCGCAAGAAUGACUAUAUUUUGCACAGAGCUCCCACCGAAAUCUUUGGUGGAGCUCAAGUGCGUCGCCGUAGUCACCAAAUCCAAAAUGUAA